AUGAGUCUGAGAAGCACUUGGCGCUGUUUGAAUGGCACCUGCACAGAGAAAGUUGAGCCCUACCAGGCGCCUCUCUCCUCCACUUUUGCGCUCAGCCUGCUGGGCAUCGUGCUCACCACCAUCGUGGCUUUGUCCCUCACCACUCACCACUGCCAGAAAGGAAAAAUCAUGAAGCGAAAAAUCCAAAGAGCUCAGGAGGAGUAUGAGAGGGACCAGCGCAGUCUCGUCCCGCCCGCCGAAAAAGCGGAUCCGAGAUGCGGCGUCAUUGCGCGUUCCGCCUCUGGACACACUGAUCCUUCCCCGCUUCCCUUUCAUCAUACCACCGCUAAACACACCGAUCCUCCGCCGUUUCCCGGCCACCAUCCCGCCGCGGAACACACUGAUACUUCUACGCUUCCCCGUCACCAUCUUGAUGCCGGGCAUACCUGUCCUCCCCCGCCUCUCAGUCACUAUCCUGCCGCUGGACAAACCGAUACUCCCCCUUCUUCUCUUGGCCAUCAUCCCGCCACCGGAUACACCAACACUUCACCGCUUCUUAAUCCUCACCCUGCCACCGGACAAAAUUCCACACCUUUCCCCGCACACAUCAACGCUGUGGAUCGGGGAGAACUUGAGGUUGUGGCUGUUUCAUGAUCAAAG